CGCCCAGAUGCGGCGGCGGCGGCGGCGGCGGUGGCACGGAGCUGGGGCGGUCGCAGAGGAGCCGCUGGAGGCGCCGGGAGCCCAUCCGCCAGGAGUCGCGCCACAGGUUUCCAUCCCCGCCCGGCGCCCAGCGCGGCACGGGCGCCCACUGGAGAGGGCUUCUCGGUUCGCACGCGCGGCGCCGUUCCUGGUUUGUGUUUCUCCCCGCAUAAUGAAGGACCGGCUAGUAGAAUUUGUGGAGUUAACCAAGCGGUAUGAACAGCAGUUCCCAGACAAGGACAAUGAAUUUGACUCGCCCCCCGAGGAUAUCGUGUUCGAGACGGACCACAUCCUGGAAUCCUUGUACCGAGACAUUCAGGACCUUCAGGAGGAAAACCAGCAGCUGAUUGCCGACGUGAAGCGGCUGGGAAAGCAGAACACCCGCUUCCUCACGUCCAUGCGGCGCCUCAGCAGCAUCAAGCGCGACACCAACUCGAUUGCCAAGGACAUCAAGGCCCGGGGCGAGAGCAUCCACCGCAAGCUGAGCGCCAUGAAGGCGCUGAGCGAGGACGCCGAGGCCCAGCACGGCGCGCACUCGGCCGUGGCGCGCAUCGCGCGCGCACAGUACAGCGCUCUCACCCGCCCCUUCCAGGCCGCCAUGCACGAGUACAACCAGGCCGAGAUGAAGCAGCGCGAAAACUGCAAGAUCCGCAUCCAGCGCCAGCUGGAGAUCAUGGGCAAGGACGUGUCGGGCGACCAGAUCGAGGACAUGUUCGAACAAGGCAAGUGGGACGUGUUCUCUGAGAACCUGCUGGCUGACGUGAAGGGCGCGCGGGCGGCCCUCAACGAGAUCGAGAGCCGCCACCGCGAGAUGCUGCGGCUGGAGAGCCGCAUCCGCGACCUGCACGACCUCUUCCUGCAGAUGGCCAUGCUGGUGGAGCAGCAGGCGGACACCCUGGACGUCAUCGAGUUCAACGUGCAGAAGACCCUCGACUACACCGGCCAGGCCAAGGUGCAGGUGCGCAAGGCCGUGCAGUACACGAAGAAGAAUCCCUGCCGGACCGUCUGCUGCUCCUGCUGCCCCUGCUUCGACUAGCAGGGGGCCCAGGCCGCCACACCCCAUCCCCGACCGGAAUGGGCCGGGAAGCACGCUGGGAAAGAUUUUGCGGCUGUCUGCACUGGGGUGCGUUGCCCUAAUCCCUAGGGACCUCAGUCUUCAGAGAAGGAAAAAACUCGAGGUCCAAGAAUUGCAGUCCAGCUAGUACUUGGAACGAGAGUUGAUCCCACCUGCUGUUUCCUCUGUAAGGACAGAUGCCUACUGAAGUUCUGUGAGGUCAUUAUAUGGCACAUAGCACCCUUGCCUCUUAAAGGAAGACAAAUAAGGAACUGACGUGGUAGCGUACUCUACGGUAGAUGUCCAAGGCAUGUUUGUACAUGGACCUCUAGGAGGAAGUCAGUUCUGCAUCGGCUCACAGUAUGAACUCGUUAUCAAGGCUUCAUUUACCCUGUCCUGAAAGUACCUCUGUUGUGUUCAUUUUCGAGUGAACCGAUCUUGGGAAAAACUGCACAUCUUCCAUUUCUGAUUCUUCAUCUGGUUUAUGCUAUGUGAUUCCCACCUGGAUGUAUAUCUUCUUUCUGCUCACCUCCUCUACUUAUUAAAAUCACAUUUAACACUUACUAUUAUUUCCUUACCUCUUUACUUUUAAUAUCUUCCAUCAGAAUGUAUUUUGGGAGUUUUUUUCCCAAAGAUUUUUAA